AUGUACCAUGGUGUUGUGUUGUUACACCACAGUGCUAAGUUGAUGUACCAUGGUGCUGGAUUGAUGUACCAUGGUGUUGUGUUGCUACACCACACUGAUAGGUUGAUGUACCAUGGUGUUGUGUUGCUACACCACACUGCUAUGUUGAUGUACCAUGGUGUUGUGUUGUUACACCACACUGCUAGGUUGAUGUACCAUGGUGCUGGAUUGAUGUACCAUGGUGUUGUGUUUCUACACCACACUGCUAGGUUGAUGUACCAUGGUGUUGUGUUGUUACACCGCACUGCUAGGUUGAUGUACCAUGGUGUUGUGUUGCUACACCACACUGCUAGGUUGAUGUACCAUGGUGUUGUGUUGUUACACCACACUGCUAUGUUGAUGUACCAUGGUGUUGUGUUGUUACACCACACUGCUAUGUUGAUGUACCAUGGUGUUGUGUUGCUACACCACACUGCUAUGUUGAUGUACCAUGGUGUUGUGUUGCUACACCACACUGCUAGGUUGAUGUACCAUGGUGUUGUGUUGCUACACCACGCUGCUAGGUUGAUGUACCAUGGUGUUGUGUUGUUACACCACACUGCUAGGUUGAUGUACCAUGGUGCUGGAUUGAUGUACCAUGGUGUUGUGUUGCUACAUCACACUGCUAGGUUGAUGUACCAUGGUGUUGUGUUGUCACACCACACUGCUAGGUUGAUGUACCAUGGUGUUGUGUUGCUACACCACACUGCUAGGUUGAUGUACCAUGGCCCUGGGUUGAUGUACCAUGGUGUUGUGUUGCUACACCACACUGCUAGGUUGAUAUACCAUGGUGUUGUGUUGCUACACCACACUGCUAGGUUGAUGUACCAUGGUGUUGUGUUGUUACACCACACUGCUAGGUUGAUGUACCAUGGUGCUGGAUUGAUGUACCAUGGUGUUGUGUUGCUACACCACACUGCUAUGUUGAUGUACCAUGGUGUUGUGUUACUACACCACACUGCUAUGUUGAUGUACAAUGGUGUUGUGUUACUACACCACAAUGCUAGGUUGAUGUACCAUGGUGUUGUGUUGCUACACCACACUGCUAGGUUGAUGUACCAUGGUGUUGUGUUACUACACCACACUGCUAGGUUGAUGUACCAUGGUGUUGUGUUACUACACCACACUGCUAGGUUGAUGUAG